UACAAGCUCUCAGAGCUGCUAAUUGUAUCGCCUCCGCCCACAGCCGCGCCAAGCGCAGAGGCCUCCAGUUGUGCCGCGUGCGGCCACCAGGGCCCUCACACACCCGCGAUCAGCGCAGGCUGCGCGCCGCAUGGCGCAACCACGCCAAGUGGGGCCAGCAGCAGCACCCGCGACAGUGAGCACAGCAACCCCGGCGGCGCCACCAUCAUAACAAGUGGCUGCGGAUCCAGCGCCGCAGAUGGCAGCGCCAGCAGCAGCUACAGCGGACUCCUGCAGCACACCGCACCGCCCACUGCUGGGCCCUCCCUCAACCCCGCGUCAGAUGUGUCCCCCGGGCGCUCUGCCGCGAUUGCAGCAGCUGUCAGCGCUUCUGAGCAGGACCCUGGCACCAGCGCCAGCCGCCUGGUGACAGCUCAGAUGCAGUCGGUGCCUCUCACCUCGCAGCAGGCGCUGCGACCGCUGCAGCCACAGCCGCAGGAGCCGCCGCAGCAGCAGCAGCAGCCGCCGCAGCGGCAGCAGCAGCGGCAGCAGCUGAUGCAGCGGCUGUCGCAGUUGCAGCAGCAGCAGCAGCAGCAGCAGCAGCAGCAGCCGCAACAGCAACAGCGGUCGCACGCAGGUGGCUGCACCAGCUCAAGAUCGGGCAACAGCAGCAGCGCCUUCAGCGACAGCGGUGGCAGCGGUGCUGCCUCAGCAGCUGGCCGCACCCCUUCAGCUGCAGCAGCUGCAGCAGCAGUCCGCCGCACCAUGCCGCCCGCGCGGUCCCUGCCGCCGUGGUCCCGGCCAAUGGCCGCGGGCGUGCCCCUCACCCCAGGCUAUCCGGCCGCCUACUACCCCCAGCCCCUGCUGGCGCUGCCCGCGGGCUACCCUUCGCUGGCAUACGUCGCCUUCCCGGGCGCCCCCGUGCCAUACCCUAUUAUGUUUCCCGGGUACCCCGGCGGUUUCGUGUACUUCCCCGCACCCCAUAUCCUUUUUGCCGCGCCGCCCGCGGCGGCGGCGCACAUGCAGCACCAGCGGCCCUAG